AUGAAAUUUACGUUAAUUUUGCUUAUUGCUGGCAUUGCUGCCAUCUGUGCCGCACCUGCUCCAGUUGCUGAUGAUGGCGCCGAGGAGUCCUCUGUCAAGGCCAAACGUGGCUUGACAUUGGGUCUGGGCUACCACGCCCCAUUGGUGACACACACCUCACAUUACGUGGCCGCUGCACCGACCAUUGUGCAUCAUGCUCCAUUAAUUUCGCAUGCACCGCUCAUAGCACACGCGCCACUCAUUGCACAUCAUCCUUUGUCCUAUCAUCUGCCAACUUAUCAUUCCAUACACUACUAG